AGCCAGGUUCUGCAUAUGUUACAAAGACUCUGAACCAGUCCCAGCUGAGCUCAGUGUCAAAAAAACACGGCAAGCUCAUCACCUUCCUUCGUACAUUCAUGAAGUCGCGCCCAACAAAACAGAAGCUGAAGCAGCGGGGGAUCCUGAAGGAAAGGGUGUUUGGAUGUGACCUGGGAGAGCAUCUUCUCAACUCCGGCCAUGACGUUCCCCAGGUCCUCAAGAGCUGCACUGAAUUCAUUGAGAAACAUGGCAUUGUGGAUGGAAUAUACCGUCUGUCUGGGAUCGCAUCCAACAUCCAGAAACUACGCCACGAGUUUGAUUCUGAGCAGAUCCCUGACUUAACAAAGGAUAUUUACAUCCAAGAUAUCCACUGCGUGGGCUCCCUCUGCAAACUGUACUUCCGGGAACUCCCCAACCCUCUGCUUACAUAUCAACUCUACGAAAAGUUCUCAGAUGCCGUUUCUGCUGCUACGGAUGAUGAGCGGUUGGUUAAAAUUCACGAUGUCAUUCAACACCUUCCCCCUCCUCACUACAGGACACUGGAGUUCCUAAUGAGACACUUAGCUCGUCUAGCCGAUUACUGCUCCAUCACAAAUAUGCACACCAAGAACUUAGCAAUUGUCUGGGCUCCAAACCUCCUAAGAUCAAAGCAGAUAGAGUCUGCCUGCUUCAGUGGAACAGCUGCCUUCAUGGAGGUGAGAAUCCAGUCGGUAGUUGUGGAAUUCAUCUUGAAUCACGUAGACGUCCUCUUCAGUUCCAAACUCAGCUCAGUCAUACGAGAUGGAGCAGGGCACAGUUCUUUAUCACGGCCCAAGUCUCUGUUGGUGUCCUCUCCUUCCACAAAGCUGCUCACGCUGGAGGAGGCACAGGCACGGACACAAGCCCAGAUCAACUCUCCCAUCGUGGCAGACAGUAAAUACAUUGAAGUGGGAGAAGGCCCUGCAGCUUUACAGGGGAAAUUCCACACAGUCAUAGACUUUCCAUCUGAAAGAAAACGACCGCCCAAUAAGAUGAAGAAAUCGCCAGUUGGCAGCUGGCGUUCCUUCUUCAACCUAGGAAAAUCAUCCUCCGUGUCCAAACGCAAACUACAGCGCAACCCCAGUGAACCCUCAGAAAUGAAAGCCAUAGCCCUGGCAGGUGGAAGAGGAGACAGCGGGACUCUUCGCUCAGCUAAAAGCGAAGAAUCGCUUACCUCUCUGCAUGCUGUUGAUGGUGAAUCUAAACUGUUUCGACCCCGAAGACCUAGAUCCAGCAGUGAUGCGUUGUCCGCUUCCUUCAAUGGAGAGCUUUUAGGAAACAUGAAUCGCUGCAAUUCUUACGACAACCUUCCCCAUGACAAUGACAGCGACGGGGAUGAAGGGCUAAUCCACGUUCCCGCCCUUAUUUCUCCUCGAUCCGCUGAAGACGUUGACCUGAGCCCACCCGAUAUUGGAGUCGCUAGCCUGGAUUUUGACCCAAUGUCUUUUCAGUGCAGCCCACCCCAAGCAGAGUCUGAGUGCCUGGACAGCAGUACCUCCCUGAUGGAGUCAGUUGGCAUUAAUAAGGAGAAGCCGAGCCUAAUUAAGAAGGAUAUAGAAUCAGGCAGCCAGUCUCAGACACCAGGCAGUGCCACGAGCUCUGAGCCAGUGUCCCCAUUCCAGGAGAAGAUGAGUCCCUUCUUCACUCUGGACCUGAGCCCCACUGAAGAGAAGGUCUCCAAAUCCCAUGCUUUCUCACCCAAGAUAGGGCGAAAGCCCAUCAAAUCUCCACCACUGACUGCAUCGGAACCAGUCUCCUUUGCACUGCCCAGCCGCAUGUCAGAAGCUCUCGGAGGAGCACCCAUCACAUCCAGAAACUCCUCGGCUUCCAACUGGAGCAAAGGGAUUGGCAUCAGUGAAAUCACAAACAGGUCCCCAACUCAGAUGUCCUUGCCCCUGAAAAGCAGUGAAACAGGAGCAGGGGAAGGAGUCCACCAAGAGCUACAGCAUGCCCAGCUAGUGGCUGCUGGCAAACCAGAGUUGCAAGAAGAAGGGGAGAGACCAAUGUCAAGCAGUCAGAAUAAGACUGUACCCACUGGACACACACAGCCAGGAGCAGUUGCCCUCGACUCCCCCCAGGAUCCUGUUCCCGUCAGUUCUGUGUCUCUUAUCCCUCCUCCUCCUCCGAAAAACGCAGCGCGCAUGCUAGCCCUAGCGUUAGCCGAGUCCGCACAGCAAGCAUCCGCUCAGUCUCAGAAAAGGCCAGGAGAUGCUCAUUCCGAAAGCACAAGUUACGGAGAGACUGAAGCUGGUACAGCUCUAGAAAAGCUCCAUCUCUGUGCUGGUGCACCAGACAAGCUCCACCUGUAUACUGGUCUGCCUGAGAACCGACUUCACUUCCAGACUGGUGCGCCAGUAGAGCACCAGGAUUUUCAAGGUAGCAGCACACCUGGGGAGCAGAACCACCUGUCAGGUGCACCUGGAAACCGGGACCCCCCACCUCUCCACACUGGCAUGCCUGGGGACAUGCCUGGUAGCAGGGAUGCAGAGCAGGAGCAAUCCAGCUUCCAUCCUGGUAAAGUGGGGGACAAAGAUCACUUCUCCCCCCAUGCUGGGGACUGGAACCACACACAUCACCACCCAGGUGCACUGCCUGACUGGGAACCACCCACAACAGACUUGUCUGUAGAUAAGCCCCACCUCCGCACGUGCAUAUCUGUAGACAAGCACCACGUUCCAGUCUGCGCAGCUGAGGACAAGCUUCAGUCUCCUCCCAUUGUAACUGCUGGGGAGAAACCUGCCCUGGCUUCAAUGCUGUAUUUAACAACCAUCCAGACAACAGCGACUGAGCCUAACCGCGGGGCAGCGGGUCCACACCCAGCUGGUCCAUCCACAACUCAGGCAGAUGUCAUUGUUACAGCUGCUCCACGCACACUCACAGCCAGCCAGCCAGCACCAUCGCAGAGGCAAGAUCACCAGGCAGCGACGGGACAAGCGCCAGCCGCCUCUGCAAAAGCGCCGAGUAGUUCCAGUCAGAUAUGGGGCGCAACGGCGCCUGAAAAGCCACCAGAGCCUGCCCCUGUUUUUGUCUCAGAAAGCAAUUCUACCACCUGUGGCUCCUCAUCCGUGCCCACGGGCCACCAGAGCCAUUUGGAAAAGCCUCGGGAGACUACGAGGGCUCCCCCAUUGCACCUGCGGUCCGAGUCAGUCCCCGCUCACUCCUACAGCUUUACACCCCCCGUCCCGCCUGUGAGAACACUGGAGAGCAAGAUUGCUGCUGCCAUGCACUCGAGCAACACGGACGCCAUCAACAACUCCAAUUAUCACGCCUUCCUGGCUUCCUCCAUGCUGGCUUCCUCCGUGGAGGAAGCUUUGCUGCCACCACCACCUCCCCCACCUAAGCAUGCUUCCCUGCAGUCCGUGUACGUGCCGCAUCCCAAGCCAGAGAGCAUCCCCGAGUCCUCCGGGCCAGACAGCUACCUUCACCACAAGCCAGCUUCCACCCAUCAGUACAGGCCAGAGAGCGUUCCUCCUCACAUCUCCUACCACAGCAAGCCCGACCAGCACCAGUCCUACCCUCCCAGGUCAGACGCGCCCACAUCUGUGGCCACUCGCUACAACACCUACACAAGCCAAGGGAAGAGCACUUCAACUCUCCACUCCAAGCCUCGCAGUCGGACAGAGUUUGUAUCCUCCGUGAGCCCGACUGGCCUGCGUAACACCGGCUAUACGGAGGAUGUUCCGCCCUACCCCACCAUCCGAAGGGUUCAGUCACUGCACGUGCCCACCCCUGCUGCCUCCGCUAUCCGCUCCGUUCCCAUUUCACGGACUGAGGUGCCUCCGGACGAUGAGCCGGUGUACUGCCCGCGGCCCCUCUAUCAGUACAAGCCAUAUCAGCCCCCUUCCGACUACCACGUAACUCAGCUGCAGCCUUACUUUGAGAACGGGCGGGUACAUUACCGCUACAGUCCUUACUCCAGCAAUUCUGGUUCCUCCUACUACACCACUGCUGAUGGGAGCUUUUACGACUUGGACCCCUACAGUACUGUGCGGGCCAGGCCGUUUCACCCCCUGCCCAGCCGAGACUUUGCCUCCUACGCCUCCCGGCUUCAGAGCAAAGGUCUGUACCGCUAUCCUGGCUUGUCUGCCUACCCCCGGGGUGGCCUCAUCAGCCACCUGACAGGUAAAGAGCACAGCUUUAUCAGCAGAGAUGUACCUCCUGCCCCAGACAUCAAACAUAUGUACAUGUCAUUGGACCUCGAGGACAUGGAGAAGUACCGCAUGCAGUCUAUUCGCCGAGAGAGCCGCACACGCCAGAAAGUGAAAGGGCCCGUGAUGUCCCAGUACGAUAACGUGGCCCCUCUGCUGCAGGAGGAACUGGGAGGGCUGGAUGUCAUUCACUUGCGCAGCAAGUCAGAUCCUGGGAAAACUGGCCUCCUUACUGUGGCAGAAGGACAGCCACCCGCAACAGGAAGCUGCCGUGAGCCAGGCUGCAACCCAAACGAACACAGGACGCACUCGCAGCAGGAAGCAAGCCAUAGGCAGCCUUCCGAAUCCAAAAACGGGCCCCCUUAUCCCGACUACAGGCCUAAAGGCGGUCCGGAGCCUCCUGAGCCCAUCAGUUACCAGCACUCGGGUGGGAAGUACAUCCCAGCAAACCAGGAAACCCUGAGACUGAGCCACAAGGAGGUGAGGUUAGCAGAGGACCGGCCAGAUUUGGAAAGGCCUCGAGCCAGGCCGACCACUUCUGUGGAGAAACACUCCAGAGACUGCUACAAAGAAGAGGAGCACGCCGCCUCCCCCGUGGCGCCACCGCCCAAGCCCGAACGGAGCCACAGCCUCAGAGUGCAGCACCCCGAAACCAUGGAGAGGGACUCGGCCCUCCUCUACCCAUACCAAACCCUCGGGAAGCGCCAAAGCACUAUGACUGUGGUGUCCCAGUAUGAUAAUUUGGAGGAUUACCAUACCAUGCCUCAGCACCAAAGAGGGGGCUAUGUUGGAGGAGGGGGGUUUGUGCCCCCUGGGUUUUCCCAUGUGCACAGUAGGACUUAUGCCACGGCCCUGGGCCAAGGGGCCUUCCUCCCAACGGAGCUGUGUUUGCAGAGGCCUGAAACGGAGGUCCACGUUGAGUGAGCUGGUGUGGGGGGAAGGAGGGAUAGAGUCUAAGCAGCCUCUGCUGGACAGUGGACUGUUUUAUUUUUUCAGUGACAGGAAAAAAAAAAAAAAAAAAAAAAACCACACACACACCCCACACACCCUGCCCCGAUCAGCAAAGCAAACCCACCUUCAACCCCACCCCUACCAGCCCACCACUCACUGUUUUUAUGUAGUAGAGCUAUAGCUUUUUCAUGUAGCUUGAGACAACUGGAAUGAUAGGGCAGGCUGUUGGCACACAGAAAGAUUGAGAGAGAGAGAGAGAGAGAGAGAGAGAGAGAGAGAGUUGCCAGAGAGGCAGGGCAGAGAUGAAGGAGAUGCUGUUGGGGCAGAGGGGAAGAAAAAGAAGUUUUUCCUUCCCCAGAUUUGACAUAGGCAGUUACCACUGCUUCCUCACAACGCCUCCAUAGUCCUGUGCAUGAUGGACUGUGCAUGCAGCUGUUGUUGUUGUAAAUCCCACGUGUAGUAAGUUGCCCUUCCCGCUACUAGCUUCCAAGGAAGGGUCUCAGUGACGCACCUUGGAGGAACCACUGUUCUGCCCCCUUUGAGGUUAUGCAGCAAGAGUAGGCUAAAAGCUGGGGGGAAAGACUUCCCAAGUAUUUUCUCCUAGACAAAUGCCGAGGUCCUGCCUCUCCCUGGAAAAUUAUUGCUUAGGCACAGUGGAUCGCUUGAACUGCUCUGAAGUGGGUUGGAGCCUGUUUUGUCUUCACUUGGUGGAAUAGGCUUUGAAGCAAGUUUGAAAUACAGCGCGCUUCCUAAAUUGCUUGCUUAAUAAGCUGCUUCCAACUACAAGAAAUCAAAUUACUUUAAAUUUCUGUAUUGUAAGUGGAGGCCAGCUAUAGAAGCCAAGUAGGGCAGGUCUGCAUUUCUCAUUCCCAAAGAAAAACCAUACACACAGUUGGGAACAGCACACCCAUUUCAUGCCAAUUUCCUCUUUACUGCUAGGCUAUCUACAGUCCAGACGACUUAAUACCAUGUUGUGGCUGGCCAGACGGUAUCAUCACCUCUCUAC